CUCCGGAUGCGGCCGCUGCCGCCAUUGUGCGGCGCUGGUACCCUAAGAGGGUGCUCUCUACGGCGAGUGUCUUGGGCUUUCGCCCUCGCUUCUCGCUCUCUUGUCCGGGGAGCCCGGCGGGUCCGGGACUCCCGUCCGUGCCGGUGCGGGCGCCGGCAUGUGGCUGUGGGAGGAACAGGGGGGCCUUCUGGGCCCCUUCUCCUUCCUGCUGCUGCUGCUGCUGCUGGUAACGCGUAGUCCGUUCAAUGCCUGCCUCUUCACCGGCAGCCUCUACCUCUUGCUGCGCCUCUUCAGCUUUGAGCCUGUGCCCUCCCGCAGGGCCCUGCAGGUGCUCAAGCCCCGGGACCGCGUUUCCGCCAUCGCCCACCGCGGCGGCAGCCACGACGCGCCCGAGAACACGCUGGCGGCCAUUCGGCAGGCAGCUAAGAAUGGAGCAACAGGUGUGGAGUUGGACAUUGAGUUUACUUCUGACGGGAUUCCUAUCUUAAUGCACGAUAACACAGUCGAUAGGACGACUGAUGGCACUGGUCGAUUGUGUGAUUUGACAUUUGAACAAAUUAGGAAGCUUAAUCCUGCAGCAAAUCACAGGUUAAGGAAUGAUUUCCCUGAUGAAAAGAUCCCUACCCUGAGAGAAGCCGUUGCAGAGUGCCUAAACUAUAACCUCACAAUCUUCUUUGAUGUCAAGGGCCAUGCAAAUAUGGCUACUGAUGCUCUAAAGAAAAUAUAUAAGGAGUUUCCUCAACUAUACAAUAAUAGCAUCGUCUGCUCUUUCUUGCCAGAAGUUAUCUAUAAGAUGAGACAAACAGAUCAGAAUGUAGUAACGGCUUUAACUCAUAGACCUUGGGGCCUUAGCCAUACAGGAGAUGGGAAACCACGCUAUGAUGUUUUCUGGAAACAGUCCAUGUUUGCAGUAAUGGACAUUUUGCUCGAUUGGAGUAUGCAUAAUAUCCUGUGGUACCUGUGUGGAAUUUCAGCUUUCCUCAUACAAAAGGAUUUUGUAUCCCCGGACUACUUGAAGAAGUGGUCAGCCAAAGGCAUUCAGGUUGUUGCUUGGACUGUUAAUACCUUUGAUGAAAAAAGUUACUACGAAUCCCAUCUUGGUUCCAGCUAUAUCACUGACAGCAUGUUGGAAGACUGUGCAUCUCAGUUCUAGAAUUUUCCCCCAGGGAGGAAACAUGGGUACAGAAGCUGCCUGCUGGCCUCAUGCAGGGAUAUCAAAAUACCCUUUGUGCUAGCCCAAGCCCUGGGGGAUCAGGUGACUCACACAAGCAAUAGUCGGUAUUUGCAUUUUUACCUGAACCAGAGCAAAACCUGGUUUUGCUUUGCUUGCUCCAUGGAAUGCCUGAGUUCAACAGUGUUGCUCUUGAAAAUCUGGGUCUGCAAAAAGGCGUAACAGCUCCUGCCCCGACCUAGCUGAGGCACACACCGAGACCCAUGAGGAUAAGCACAGAUUGAGUUGUGCAGUUUGGGGAUGCAGAUGCAAAUGCAUGGGAAAUGCAUGAUCACUCAAAGUUGCCAUUUUAAAACUUGACACACUUAUGUAAUUUACUUAUUUAAAAUAUUUGUAUUCAGCUACAUUAUCAAUGAACUAUAGACAUCAAACUUGUGACGAUACUAAUAAAAUCAUUAAAAGGAGCACUAAGGGAAAACUGUACUAAGCAUCAUGCCCUGAGACAUAAGCAAUUUAGGGAAGCUGCUCCCUGCAAUCCAGGGACCAGAGGCAACAGCCCCUGCUGAGGCAAAGAAAAUGGUAGGUAAGUCUUGAUACCAGUGCAAGGGAUUGUUUAUGGUAUCUUGAAGUAACUACAGACCACUAGAGGGCAGGGUUAUAUGCUCAUUGUGGCAACUCUGUGAUGGAUAACAAUGGAACUGCAAGAAACAUCCAAGAACAUCUAGGCUUAUUCUCCUUUUACAAAUAAAACCAAAACCUGUGGAAGGAAAAGGUCUUUCUUCAGAUAUGACACAGCUGGUAACAUAGCAGAGCCUGAUCUCAUAAAACUGAAAUUUCCUACUCUUUGCCGGGAACUUCAGUGGUUUAACAUGUAUCAUCCUAAACCCCAGAAAAUCUUAGAGGUAUUACUCUCUUUUUAUAAAUGAGGAAACCAAGGCACUGCAAACUUAGUCACUUACCCAAGGUCUCAGAGUCCUUGGUGCAAUUGAGAUUCAAAGCCAAGCCAGUCUAACUCCAGAGCCCUUGCUCUUAACCACUUGCCCUGUCUGCCUUUAUAAUGCAGAGCCCUUAAUUCCCAGCUCUGUGCUCUUUUCCACUUAAGCUUCCAGGGGUCUUCCUGUGUACUUAAGUAGCAGUAUCUAAAAUGAAAUUGAGUGGGGGUGCCUGGGUGGCUCAGUCAGUUAAACAUCUGACUUGAUUUCAGCUCAGGUCAUGAUCUCAGAGUGGUGAGAUGGAGCCCCGCACUGCACUCCUCGCUCGUCGUGUAGCCUGCUUCAGAUUCUCUCGCUCCCUCUGCGCCCACCCACUCGCACAUGCGCUCUCUCUCUUGCUCUCAAAAAACACUUCAAAAAUUGCGAAGCCAUCCGUCUCCUGUAGCUGUCCCUGCUCCCACCUUUCAGCCCCAUCUGUACCACAGGCCCUCAGCUCAGUCAUGACUUCCCUCCUGAGCCCCACGGGUCACCAGUCUCACACUCGCAGCUGCCAGACCACCAGUCCACACAGCUAGAUGGCAGAUGCACAGGCUGUUUUGCUACAGUCGGUGUUGGCAAGGGCACGAUGGAUGGGGCUUGGGACGUUUUCCAUCAACAUUUGCAAAGAAGUUUUCUUGAAUCUAAAAACAACAGGACAAAGAUGUAUUCGAUGAAUGGAACAAAUAUCUAAACUGUGUGUACUUCCAUAUCACACCAUGAUAGAGUGGCGAGAGGAGGCCAGGAGCACAAAGACCGAACACUUCUGCAGACUGAAUCCCCGCUUUGGCAAGCGGACUACACAGCAAGCCACAAGGGAUUCUCGGGGGCAGUAGAGAGAUCCCUUCUGUUGAGGGAAUAUCUUUUGAGAGCCAGGAGUUCUGUUUCUUGACCUUUGUCCCAAAUCCAUUGUGCCCUUGACUCAGGCCCAGUGAAGGAUUUAGAUCCAGUGCUAAGAUGUUGGGUCCUUGAAGAGUGGAGAAUUUGGGUGAAGAAAGGUGUUAAUAUUAUCAUUAAGCAUUGGAAGGCUUAAUAUAGGGAUUAAAAACAGAACUUGGGAUCAGGGAAAACUCAAUCCGAUUUUAUGUUUAGCAAUUUUUUUUAAAGAUUUUAUUUAUUUAUUUGAGAGAGAAUGAGAGAGAGAGAGAAAGAGGGGGGAGGGUCAGAGGGAGAACCAGACUCCCUGUUGAGCAGGGAGCCUG